UGAAUUUCAUAAAGCAAAAAAUGAGCAGUCUUCCUUUACACAUCUCUCUGGGCCUCCUUAUCCUAACGUAACGCUUCGGGUUUCCUGUCUCCGUUCUCCCCACAGGAAGACAUGAGCCAGCGGUUGUCUUUCUGCAGUAAGCUAUGCUUCGCCAUAGGAGGAGCGCCUAAGGAGGUGGCCGCCAGUGCCACAGCCUUCUUCUUACAAAUCUACCUGCUGGACGUCGCCCAGAUCACCCCGAUGCAGGCCUCCAUGGUGCUGUUCAUCGGGAAGGUCUGGGGGGCUAUCACGGACCCCCUGGUGGGCUUCUUCAUCACCAAGAGCAAGUGGACCAAGAUUGGCCGACUAAUGCCCUGGAUGGUGGGCUGCACUCCCUUCGUGGUGGUGUCGUACUUCUACCUGUGGUAUGUCCCGUCCUUCACCCACGGCAGAUUCAUCUGGUACCUGGGCUUCUACUGCCUCUACCAAACCCUCAUCACUUGCUUCCACGUCCCGUACUCCGCCCUGACCAUGUUCCUGAGCACGGACCAGAAGGAGCGCGACUCGGCCACCGCAUACCGCAUGACCCUAGAGAUCCUGGGCACGCUGGUGGGCGCGGCCAUCCAGGGUCAGAUCGUGGCCAGCGCCCACAUGAGGAAGCACUGCCAGGACCACGGUAACAGCUCCACCGGUUACCUCGGCAACGGCAGCGGGGCCGAGAUCGUCAAGAGCGAGGUGCACUCCCAGGACUUCCUGUCACAUUCGAAGGAGGUGUAUAUGAUCGCGGCCGGCGUGGUGGCGGCGGUGUUCCUGGUGUGCACGGUGGUGAUGUUCCUGGGAGUCAGGGAGAGAGACGAUCCGUACCCCACCCCAGUGGAGGAGCAGCUCCCCUUCCACAAGGGCUUCAUCCUGGUGAUGAAGCACGGGCCCUACCUCACCCUGACCGCCGCCUUCCUCUUCAUCACCGUGGCCAUCCAGCUGGUGCAAAGCAACUUUGUCCUGUUCUGCACGUACGCGGUUGACCUGAAGGACCACUUCCAGAACAUUGUGCUGACCAUCCUGGUCUCGGCCGUGGUGAGCAUCCCCAUGUGGCAGUGGUUCCUGCAGAGGUUCGGCAAGAAGACGGCCGCCUUCUGUGGCAUCUCGUGGAUCAUGCCGUUCACCCUGAUGCUGGUGUUCAUCCCCUACGUGGCCGUAGCCUACGUGGUGGCCGUCGCCUCCGGGCUGAGCGUAGCGGCGUCCCUGCUGUUGCCAUGGUCCAUGCUGCCCGACGUGGUGGACAACUUCCGCCUGGCCAACCCCACCUCCAAGGGCCACGAGGCCAUCUUCUACUCCUUCUACGUCUUCUUCACCAAGUUCGCCUCGGGCAUCUCCCUGGGCGUGUCCACGCUCUGCCUGCAGUUCGCCGAGUACGACACGAGCUCGUGCAAACAGAAGCCUGCGGUGGCGUACACGUUGAAGCUGCUGAUCGGUGUGGCGCCGGUGGCCUUCAUUAUCACGGGCCUCGUCAUCCUCAUCUUCUACCCCAUCAGCGAAGAAGUGCGCCUGCGCAACAGGACGAGUUUGGAGGAGCUACGGAAACAAGGCAUGAUGUCCAAAACGAUGGAGAACUCGAGCAGUGUGUGACCUUGACCUGAGGGCAGAAGAAGCACAACCGUUUCCAGAUUCAUUCCGGAACGUUCUCUAUAUUAUAGUGUAUAUUACACUGAUCUAAUUUUGUUUUCACGUAAACAUUUCUUAAGUUUCUGUGUUUUCACAUGGACAUAGCCAUCUUGAAUAUAUUAAAUAUAUAUAUAUAUAUGACUUAUUUAUAUAGAAGAAUGUAUAUCUUAUUUUGCAGUGUUAAGUUAUGCAUUGCGAGUAUUUAUUAAUGGAAUCAGAAUACAGUGGGUUGAUAUGGACAUAAUAAAAUAUUGUAAAAGUUGGCUGGUGGAGUAUCAUCGUCAUUUCGCCUGUGCACAAAACGAUGCCUGUAUCAUGAGCCUUUUCUCUUGAGUCGAGCGCCCUCUAGUGGUGCAUUACAGUAGUUCAGUGUCAACACAAACCACCCAA